GAACAGCCAGUGCAAAGGACCUGGGGUGAGGAAGAGGAAGGAGGCCAGUAUGGCUGGAGUGGAGUGAGGAAGGGGGAGACUGGGAGGAAGUGGGAUUGCAGCAAGGGGAGGUCCCUGAUCUGUUAGUAGAUCCCUGUAGCUGUAUGUGGCCACAGAUACUGGAGGGUGGGGGUAUACAGAGCAUGGAGAAAAAGGAGGAGGCUGCUGCGAUAGUCCAGGGGGGAGAGAAUGAAGGGCCAGGAUGAACACUGGGGGAUCAGAAGUAUUGUGGAGAUGGGGCUGCUGGGCCUGCCAUGGUGGGAAGGAGUUGUGGAAGAAAAAGUCACCCAACCCUGCUCAGGCUGGGGUGAUUGUGGACAGAGCAGGACGCAGCCCACCCUAGGUGUGAUGGCCAAGCCAGCACGAUUGAGCCAGGGACACUUGGGUCUUGGGGUGGCUUCAGGAAGACUUCCCGGGGUAGGUACAGGUUCUGAGAGUGUUGGAGGGGUUCUGACAGAUCUGCUCCCAACACCCCUAUGGCCACUGUAGCAUGGUGAUGAGUUCAGGUUCUACAGCCAGGUUACCUGAGUUGCAAGUCUUAGUUCCACCACCUACAUGCUUUGUGUCCUUGGGCAAGUGGCUUAACCUCUCUGGGCUUAGUAGAUGCUGUGUGAGCACUGGAUGAUGAUGAUGAAGAUUAUGAUAUAAUGAUGUUAGGAGUCUACCAAAUCACCUUUUUGAGACACCUCCUAUAUAAGGCAAGCAUGGAGGAAGGGGUCAGGUCUGCGGUCCCAGAAAGUGUAAACACCCACCACCGCAACACACCUAGACCCCUGCCCUAACCAGCCUGGUUUGUACAGGGUGGAUGAACAAAAAAGACAUGCCUUUUUCCCCAUUUCUUUUUGCCCUUGUCUCUGCUUCAUCUCUCUCCUGUCUUCGUAUCUCACAUCCUUUUUCCUGCCCAUUUCUUUUUCAUCUCCCUGUCUCACCGUGUCUGUCUCCUCCCCGCUGCCUCCAAUCCCUUCUUCACAGGGAGCAGCCGCCCAGAGUCUCCUCCCCCGCUCCUGGUUGGGGAUGAGACCGCGCAUGCGCCCUCAGCGUCCCUCCCUCUCCACCCCCAUCCUCUGUCGGCGCCGGGGGCCUCGUCCCCUUCUCUCUGUCUCCCUGUCCUCCCCCGUCACAUCCUCCGACACCCCAUUACUCCCACAGUCUCCCCAGUCUCGUCUUCGGUCUUCAGUCUCGGCUGCACGAGGAUUUGCCUGAAGGCCAUCCCCAGCUCUGCACCCGCCCCCCCCGGGGGUCACUGAGGACCAUGACUAAGACGGAUCCUGCCCCAAUGGCCCCGCCACCCCGGGGGGAGGAAGAAGAAGAGGAGGAGGACGAGCCCGUCCCCGAGGUCCCCAGCCCCACCCAGGAGCGCCGGCAGAAACCUGUGGUGCACCCCUCGGCGCCUGCCCCACUCCCCAAAGACUACGCCUUCACCUUCUUCGACCCCAAUGACCCGGCGUGCCAGGAGAUUCUGUUCGACCCCCAGACCACCAUUCCCGAGCUGUUUGCCAUUGUGCGCCAGUGGGUGCCCCAAGUCCAGCACAAGAUUGACGUCAUCGGCAAUGAGAUUCUGCGUCGAGGCUGCCACGUGAAUGAUCGUGAUGGACUGACUGACAUGACCCUGCUCCAUUAUGCGUGCAAGGCGGGGGCUCACGGAGUGGGGGACCCCGCGGCGGCCGUGCGUCUGUCACAGCAGCUGCUGGCGCUGGGCGCCGACGUGACCCUGCGCAGCCGCUGGACCAACAUGAACGCGCUUCACUACGCGGCCUAUUUCGACGUGCCCGACCUCGUGCGCGUGCUCCUCAAGGGCGCGCGGCCGCGAGUGGUGAACUCCACGUGCAGUGACUUCAACCACGGCUCAGCGCUGCACAUCGCGGCCUCCAACCUGUGCCUGGGCGCCGCCAAAUGCUUGCUGGAGCACGGUGCCAACCCGGCGCUGCGGAAUCGAAAGGGACAGGUGCCAGCAGAGGUGGUCCCAGACCCCAUGGACAUGUCCCUGGACAAGGCAGAGGCAGCGCUGGUGGCCAAGGAGCUGCGGACACUGUUGGAGGAGGCUGUGCCGCUGUCUUGCGCCCUCCCCAAGGUCACCCUGCCCAACUAUGACAAUGUCCCAGGCAAUCUCAUGCUCAGCGCACUGGGUCUGCGCCUGGGAGACCGCGUGCUACUCGAUGGCCAGAAGACGGGCACGCUGCGGUUCUGCGGGACCACUGAGUUCGCCAGUGGUCAGUGGGUGGGCGUGGAGCUGGACGAACCUGAGGGCAAGAAUGAUGGCAGCGUUGGGGGUGUCCGGUACUUCAUCUGCCCCCCCAAGCAGGGUCUUUUUGCCUCCGUGUCCAAGAUCUCCAAGGCAGUGGAUGCACCCCCCUCAUCUGUCACCUCCACACCCCAGACUCCCCGGAUGGACUUUUCCCGAGUCACUGGCAAAGGCCGCAGGGAGCACAAAGGCAAGAAGAAGUCCCCGUCAUCCCCGUCUCUGGGCAGCCUGCAGCAGCGUGAGGGCACCAAGGCUGAGGUUGGAGACCAAGUGCUGGUCGCGGGCCAGAAGCAGGGAGUUGUGCGCUUCUAUGGGAAGACCGACUUUGCCCCAGGUUACUGGUACGGCAUCGAGCUGGACCAGCCCACGGGCAAGCAUGACGGCUCCGUCUUCGGCGUGCGGUACUUCACCUGCCCCCCGCGGCAUGGGGUCUUUGCGCCAGCAUCCCGCAUUCAGAGGAUUGGUGGAUCUACCGACCCCCCUGGGGACAGUGUCGGAGCCAAAAAAGUGCAUCAAGUGACAAUGACACAGCCCAAACGCACCUUCACAACAGUCCGUACCCCAAAGGACAUCACGUCAGAGAACUCCAUCUCCAGGUUGCUCUUCUGUUGCUGGUUUCCCUGGAUGCUGAGAGCCGAGAUGCAGUCUUAGAGGCCCUGGCUACUGGACGGGACACAGAACUCCCUCUAGUUGUCUCCUGAGACAUGGAGCCCCCAAGUCACCCUGAGAUAGAGAUCCCUGUAACACAUCCAGAAUAGAGUCCCCCAUUAGCCGAUCCUCAAACACUGAGGCCCCAUUAACAGAUUCCCCCUGCUAACCCCCCAGAUACAGACCCCAGGUCACCCAGAAGGAGAUCCCUGAAUAUAGCACCUUCAGGAUAGUCCCCGCCCCCACCCCUAAGAGCAGACCCCCCCCAAUUAACAGAUUUCCACAUCAACCCAAAUGACAGUGACCCUCUCCACAUAAUGCUCCUCUACAGAGCAUUCUGAGCCACUCAUUACUGGAUCAGAAACUGCCCCCCAUUAACAAAAACCACCCCUAAGUCCCCUUGAAAUAAACACAGGUCACACCUCCAGGGUAAAGACCUUCAUGUCACUAUCCUCCAUUUAACAUCAGCCCCUCAAGAUGUCAUCACCCCAUGGUCACCCCAAAGCCCUCACACUCCAGUACCCUAACCACAGACCCCCUCCAUUGACAAAGGCUCCUCAAGAAGAGACCCACAUUAACCAGCCCACUUCAUUCCAAAUUACAGACACCAAAACAGUCCUGGAAGUGUUAAUUGCAGGACCCCCAAGUCUUCCUACCCUCUGCACCCUCAAGAAACCCCCAGUGCCUUGUAUGAAGCCCACCCCACAUGGCCCACAGCCUCUGUGAUGGCCAGGCUCCCAGAAAAUUCUCUAUUUUUUAAAUAAUGACUUCCCCCUUUGGGGGACCCCAAAAUUUGGAGGCCCCAUUCUGAGACUCUGGAGAUCCCAAACCCCAGAGUACAUAGGUCCCAAACUCCCCUGUGCCCCCAAGUCCUACAGCUCCUAGAAGACCCCAAGGCCCUAAUUCCCAGGAACCCCAAAUCAUGGAAUCCCCAAAUCCCCAGGGAAUCCCAAAUUAAAAAAUCUCAUCCCAAGCCCCCCAGAAAACACCAAUCAUGGAGGUCCUUGUGCCUGGGAUGGAGGAGACCACAGUCUGGGGAUAUGUAUCCUGGGCUCCCAGGGCACCUCAAGCCCUAUUUACAGGCCUCAGGAGACCCCAAACAGAGGAAUUCCUAUCCCUGAAAACUGGAGGCCCCCAUACCCUGAGUCCACAGAUCUUGACACCCAAAUUUCAAAAGCACCAGCCCCAUGGGAACCCCAAAUUCUAAAGCCUCCAACUCCAAUACAUGGAGGGCCCCAAGGUCCUGAGGGGAUCCCAAAUCCUGGAGCCCCCAUUUCAGUCUGUGUACUGGCCACAGGUCCAAGACACCAGAUCUGAGUCACUGGCCCCAAAGGAUCCCACAGCACCUAGGCCAGACCAACAGCCGGAGGGAGGACCUGGGGCCCUGACCACCGAGGACAGCUCACGACUGCCCCUUCACUGCAUGCUCCCAAACUCAGCAUGACCCCUGUCCCCUUCAAUAAAGACAUUUCUAUGGCCUCUC